AUUUUCAAUUCUACAAUGUUUCUCCUCAAGUCACUCCUUUCUUUCCUCUGGCUCGUCCAGACGGCGAAGGCCUUCGCCGACAUUGACUUCACCAACUGGGCUCCCCCAGGUCCCGGUGAUAUCCGUGGUCCAUGCCCGGCAAUGAACAGCAUGGCCAACCACCACAUCCUUCCCCAUAAUGGAAGAAACCUCACUGUUCCCAUGAUGGCCGAUGCUUUGGCGGCAACGUUCAAUCUCAGUCCAGAGAUGGGCACUAUCGUCGCGACAAUCGGGCUUUCUACCACUCCCGACCCAUCGGCUGGCUUUAUGGACUUGAACCAUCUCAACAAACACAAUGCAUUCGAGCACGAUGCCUCGCUUUCUCGUGUCGAUCAUUACUUCAGUGGUGAUGAGGGCAUAGCCAAGUUUGACAAUGCUACCUUUGGCCGAUGGUUCUCUCACUUCAAAGGCCUGGAAUACAUCGAUAUCGAGAUUGCUGCCAAAGCUCGCUAUGCCAUGGUCAAGCAUUCACGUGAGAACACACCAGGGUUCACGUAUGAAGAACAGCACCGCAUCACCAGUUACGCCGAGACUAUCAAGUACCUCAAGACUAUGAUCGAUUCGACCGGCAAGUGCAAGACGGAAUUUGUCAAGAUUCUUUUCGAGCAAGAGAGACUCCCGUUCCUCGAGGGAUGGCGUCCACCGACUGAGCAGGUCACUGGUUUUCUGAUGGCAGACUUUGUCCUGCGCGAGGCUUUGGCUACACCCGAGAAGACGAGCUGGUUUGGCGAGACGCCACAGGACAAUGCUACAACUCAUGACGUUCCCACCAAAUGCACAGCUAGUCGCAGAAGCACCCGUGUCCGAGUUUGAUGAGCCAUUGAAGUAUAUUGAGUGGCACGCUUCUUUCUUGUACCAUCAUUCAUUCAAAUACAAUCCUUAUGUUUCAGUUACACUCGUCUUGUGCUACCGUGUCUCUCCCUAAUGGAGUCAGUCCAUCCGCAAAUAGACUUUGCUUAUUCCCGGCAGAAUGUAGACUAGGCCAGUAGCGUUUAGCGUCGGCUGGAACUGCCCUUGAUCUAUCAAGCGCUAACCUUUUCUGUAAUAGACCGUAGAAGUCCCGGCUUAGUCACUCAACUCAACUCUUUCACACGCACCAGCACUGGUAUUCAUCAAUGCAAUUGCGAAAAGUUCUACUAGCGACACAAAUUGACCGCUUGGCGCUCUCGGGAGCCCAUCAGCUUGAAGACUUAGAGUAGAAUAGGUGCUGAACGACUGUAGUAUCUUGUGCACAAAGCGCGUUGUAAUUAGCGAGGAUGUGGCUCCUCGAAUGUAUUCCGU